UCCGGUCAGACGAAGUUAGAACGGUUGAGCUUUUCGCUAGCGAGAGCUCUAACGUCAGUCACGAUCUUGCGUCUGAUCGCGCAGCACGUGCAAAUUGUCAGUAUCAGGAUAGACAAGUGUGAGCACGUUUGUAGAUAAACCUACAAUCAUAUUCGUAUAAUCUCGGUUGUUAAAAGAAAUGGUUGUACCGGCGGAACAUGCGCUCCAUGAGGCCAUUCAGGUUUCACCACUUAAAUUGUCAAACGAUGUUAGAAGACAGAAAAUCGAAAACCGGUUAGCACGAAUGCGUUUAUCUGCAACGACUGUUAGAAAGAUUCAGGAUGUAUUCGUUUCGGAGAUGAACAAGGGUAUCCAUCAAGAACCGUCAUCUUUACAAAUGGAGAACACGUAUGUACCGGAACUCGUAGAUGGAACAGAGGCGGGACGUUUUUUAGCAUUAGAUCUUGGCGGGACUAAUUUUCGAAUUCUCUUAUUGGAAUUGAAGAAUGGCAGAGUUGUGAGGGAGAAUGUGAAGAAUUAUCACAUCGGAUCUGAAUUAAGGGUUGGCACAGGCCUUCGUUUGUUCGAUUAUUUAGCCGAAUGCCUUAGUGAUUUCGUAAUUAACCAGGGUCUUCAGGAUGUGGAGGUCCCUUUAGGAUUUACAUUUUCGUUUCCAAUGGUUCAACAUUCUCUCGAUGUUGGAAUUUUGGUGACAUGGACAAAGAGUUUCAAUUGUCCAGACGUUGUCAAUAAGGACGCAGUUCAAUUACUCCGAGAUGCUCUUGCUCGUCGAGGUGAUACCAAAGUAAAAGUCAUAGCGGUAUUGAAUGAUACAACAGGAACUCUCGUACAAGGAGCUACAUUGGAUCCCGAUACAGCUAUUGGGCUCAUUCUGGGUACCGGUAGUAAUGCUUGCUAUCUUGAACGAGCUGACAGGGUCGAACAUUGGGAACCAGAGAGACAUGGGGAAAGAGAGGUCGUAAUAGAUAUCGAAUGGGGUGCCUUUGGAGACAACGGUGUUUUAGACUUUAUUAAAACUGAAUUCGAUCGCGAGAAUGACGCGAAUUCGCUUCUCGUAAAUUCAUUUACAUUCGAAAAAUAUAUCAGUGGAAAGUAUCUCGGUGAAAUAGUACGUAUUGUACUCACCAAAUUAACGAAAGAAGGGCUUUUAUUCUUAGAAAAAGAUCCAGGGCGUUCUUUUUUCACAUCAGGAACGCUUACCUCGGAUUUAGUAUCAUAUAUUGAACAAGACACCGUAGACGGCAGUACCGAUAAUACAAAAGAAGUUUUAGCAAAAUAUGAUAUCGUUCCAACCGACGAUGACAUAAAUAUUGUACAAUACGUGUGCGAAGUUGUUUCUAAUCGUGCAGCUCUUCUCGUUUCUAUAUGUCUCGCGGCAUUGUUGGAACGAAUCGAUAAGGAGAAUGUGACGAUCGCGGUCGAUGGUUCUCUGUAUAAACAUCAUCCUCGAUUCGAAACUUGGAUGAAGCAGUAUAUAGCUUUGCUUGCCCCUAGUCGUAAGUUCAAAUUGAUUCACGUCGAGGAUGGAAGUGGAAAGGGUGCAGCGCUGGUUACUGCGAUUGCGCAAAGGAUUCAAAAGAGAUUAACAUAAUUAUUAUUGACGGAGAAGUGAAUUCACUACUCCGGCAAUAUGUAAUACUCUAUCAGUAGUGCAAGCAUUCCAUGGCAGGACAAUUUCCUGGUUGUGUUAUAAAAAAGGGUAAUAGUCAAAAUGAUAUAACGUUAACUAUAUUUUCAUCAAAGUUGUUGCAUUUGCCAUUGUCAACCUCGUUGAACCAUCUUUAGGAUUUUCGUUAGAAACCAUUGUUUUCCCGUAAAUCUUUGGAAAGUAUAGUCGGCAAUUUUAAUUCAAACGAAAUAUAUAUAUAUAUACGAGUUUUAAUUUCUUUUGUAAAUACGAUUUUCCAUAAUCAAUGUAGAGUUUAGAAGGAUCUUUUUUUUCAAAGAAAAGCCUUACUUUACUAUAAUAAGAUAGUACAAAUCGAUGAAACGUUUGUAAAUUAAAUAUAGAUCGUUGGAACACACAAUUCCAUGCUAAAUAUAUAUAUAUAUAUAUAUAUAUAUAUAUAUAUAUAUAUAUAUAUAUAUAGGAAAGAAGAUAAGUAACAUAGUAAUUAUUCAAUCGAAUAAAUCUAGGAAUAAAUUGAAUUUAAAGUGCAAUUUAAAGUUUCAUCGAGACUUAUGAUAUAGUACGAUCACAAAUACGUAGAAAUUUUGACGCUCGAAUCGGCCGUAGAGAAAUAAAUAUAAAAAGGUAAACGAAAAUCCGUUGUUAAAUCUUGUAGAAAAAUGAAGAGGAGAGUAGGCGAAUGUUUAUAAAUCAAUUGUUACGAGUAUUCUGUGGUUGUAUACACCUUGUAAUUGUAUACGAUUGUUAAAAUAAAAAUUGAAAAAAGAAAAAAAGAAAAAAAAAAAGAGAGAGAGAGAAAUCUUUUACUCCGUAGAGUUGGUAAAAAUGUGUUAAGGGUAAAGAUGGCGAGGCGGGAAAUUUGAAAUUGAAUCAAUCGGGAGGAUGUAGGGUGAAGAGAACGGUCGAAUAACCAGAGGCGGUUCUCGUUCGCAGGCCGUCGAUAGGCCUAUCGAUCCUGUUGCUAGGCGGUAGGACGGGAGGGCGUUCGAGUGUCGCAGUUAGAUUCCCGCGUUUCCCGUCAGAUGACGCUGCGGUGGCGCGCGGCUCGCUCGCGGAGUGACAGCUCGGCGAGAACUGUCAGCCGGAGCGCGUUUACGCGGCCGUUUCUGUUAGAAAUAAGGAUACGAUCGGUCUUCGAAUCGGUAGGGUGUAAGCGCGAAAACGGGUUGGCGACAAGGAUCGUGUCGAGGAGAAGUAAUUUCGAUUUGUAUCGACUUUGAAAAUCGAGAGGUCUCGUACCUAACGGUGGGCGUGCACGCAGGAGGGAACGGCUCGCCGGCUCGGUCAGUCUACUGGAAGAUUCCAUUGUGUGAGAGUGGGCUUUGAAAAAGUUUCGGCUGGAAGGAGCUACGUUGCUUUCGCGCCUUUCGCAGCCUUCUCUUUGCUGGAUCGAUCAAGAAGGAGAAAAAGUCGAGGUAUCGUUGUCUUCUUUAUUUUUUCCUUAGAUUUUUACGUUCUUGUUAGGACGAGUCGCGAGAGCGGUAUCGAGGAUGAGGAGCGCGCGCGGGAGAGAGAGAGAGAGAGAGAGAGAGAGAGAGAGAGAGAGAAAGAGAGAGAGAGAGAGAGAGAGAACGAAUGAACGAGCUAGUGAGCGAGAGCGAGAUAGAGAGAUGCAUAGAGAGUUGGAACGAGAGGUUACCAAGGAUAAGAAGGCAAUGUAUUAGUAGUAGUAGUGUAGCAGAAGUAGCGUGUUAGUGUUAGUGCUGCUAAUGCCAGUGACGACAGAACGACGAUGGUGUGUAGUAGUGGUGAGAAUCGUGAUGGUGUGUUGGUGUUGAUGCUGGUGGUGGUGGUGGUGGUGGUGUGGUGCGAAGCGGGUUUGAGGUUACGCCGGCGAUCCUCGCGUUCAGCUGGGCUCUCAGCUGACGGCCGGCCGUUCCAAGACCGGCAUUGCGUGCCUUUCUUGUCUCUCCGUUUCCUGGACAGGUUCUAUCUUUCGAGCCUUCUCCCGUAUGAUAGAGCCGAAAAGCGAUAUAUCUAAUUUCUCUCGCUAGCUAUGGACUCUUGCCUUUUUUAUUCGUUCGAGAUUACGUUCACGUUCUUAUUCUAGUUCCAAUUAGAAAAAAAAGAAAAGAAAAGGAAAGAAAA